CCUUCAGCUGUCAGACUUUGGCCACCCUGCAGGUUUUGUUAGCAAACUAACGCGAACUCUGCGACUUUAUUUAAAGUUGUGCAUUCGUCUGCUAACCGAUUUUGGAGCUUAAAAGCUGGCGAUUGAAGCGCAAAGCUUGCACGAAGACGAGGCGACUCGUUUUUAAUCGCUGCUAGCUCUUGCAACACAAGCCAGCGAUAUACGAGCGAGUGUAAGAGUAAAUGCAGGGAGGGAGGGAGUAAAAAAAAGGCAAAAGUCUUUGUGCUUCCCUUCCCCCUCAUCAAAGCGAAGGGGAAAUGUCUCUGUCCAAAGGAGGGAAGAAGAAAAGCCCUGGGCUGAAGCUGGCCAAAGAAGUUUUUGCAACGCCAGCACCAGAAGUAACAGCGCCCCCUCGAGAUCUUGACUCUAAAGCUUGUGUCACAAUUGGAGAUCAGAACUUUGUGGUGAAGGCAGAUGACUUGGAGCAGAUUGAAGAGCUGGGGAGGGGAGCGUAUGGUGUGGUGGACAAGAUGAAACAUGUGCCCAGUGGUGUUAUCAUGGCUGUCAAGAGGAUCCGUGCCACAGUCAACACUCUGGAGCAGAAGAGGCUGCUGAUGGACCUGGACAUUUCCAUGAGGACCGUGGACUGCUUCUACACUGUGACUUUCUAUGGCGCCCUGUUCAGAGAGGGUGAUGUUUGGAUCUGCAUGGAACUGAUGGACACAUCUUUGGAUAAGUUCUACAAGAAAGUUAUUGAGAAGGGCAGAACUAUUCCCGAGGACAUCUUGGGCAAGAUCACAGUAGCGAUUGUAAAGGCAUUAGAACAUCUGCACCGUAACCUGUCAGUGAUACACAGAGAUGUAAAGCCCUCCAAUGUUUUGAUCAACACCUUGGGCCAAGUGAAGAUGUGCGACUUUGGCAUUAGUGGCCACCUGGUGGAUUCGGUGGCUAAAACGAUGGAUGCAGGUUGCAAGCCCUACAUGGCGCCUGAGCGGAUCAACCCUGACCUCAACCAGAAAGGCUACAGUGUCAAGUCGGACAUAUGGAGCCUCGGUAUCACAAUGAUUGAACUGGCCAUUUUGAAAUUUCCCUACGACUCAUGGGGAACUCCCUUCCAACAGCUCAAACAGGUGGUGGAUGAACCUUCUCCACAGUUGCCUGCUGACCGUUUCUCCCCAGAGUUUGUAGAUUUCAUCUCACAGUGCUUAAGAAAGAAGCCCAAUGAACGACCGGCUUACACAGAAUUGAUGAAACAUCCAUUUUUCACCCUGCAUGACUCCAAAGAGACAGACGUGGCCAGUUUCGUCAAGGUCAUCCUGGAUGACUGAUGGGGUAACUCCAGGCUCCGCCUCAUCGGGGAUAGGCGGGACCUCUCAGCAAACGAACCUAUGGCCUACCUUUUUGUGAAAACUCACUGGAAUGACAGACUCAUGCACCCACACACAACAAAGGGGGUGACCCAAAGACUGACAGCAGCCCAUCAGCACUGGAGUUGGACAGCAGUGGUGAUAUGAACUUGUGCGGUCAACUGGAGAGGUUUUAAUUCACUCUCCAGCAGUUAUGCAGUACGACAAAAUAUGAACUCACCCCAAUUUGUUGUUCUUAUCUUGUUCAGUCCCCCCCCCCCCCCCC